CAAAAUUUUCUAUGUCAAGCAUGGGUGACUAACGGCUUAGCUACAAAAACCUAAGUCCAAAAGUGCCUAGCCGUCUAGCUCGUCACUCCCCCGGGCUUCCCACGUGUCGGGUCUCACUACUUGAAAUGGUGGACAAGGAAAUCGUGAGAUAAAAUAUCUCAGUAAGUAAACAUGGGGGCCCAACAUCAAGGUUUAAAGCAUGCCAAAUAAUCGGUUUAAAACAUGAACAGAGCAUUUCAAGAACAAAGCGUUUCAAGAACGGAGCGUUUCAAUGACAAAUCAUUAAUGCAAAAUAAAAUCACGUAGUGGUCUCCUCUAUUAGUCAUGGCCAGUGUUAUAAACCUCCCACUGGCAGGCUACAGAAAUUACUAGUGUAUAAUCCCCACUAUUAGGUCCAUUAAUAAUGUUUUCUCACUAUUAAGUCCCUAACUCAACUUAUAUGCUCUAGGAAAUUUUGGGGUAUUACAUCCACCCCUCCUAAAAAGGAGUUUAGUCCCCUAAACUCAUACCUCAAUCUUGGAAGAGGUGCGGAUGUUCCUGCCUCAUCUUGGAUUCCAACUCCCAAGUAGCUUCUUCAACCAAAUGGUUGUCCCAGAGGACCUUAACAAAACGAAUGGUCCUUCUCCGCAUUACCCUCUCCUUGGAAUCUAAAAUGCGGAUCGGGUGCUCGUCAUAAGUGAGAUCCUCCCGGAGUUGAAUUGGUUCGGGAUUAAUGAUGUGAUUCUGGUCGGGAACAUGCUUCCGAAGUAAAGACACAUGAAACACAUCAUGAACACUCGCUAGAUUUCCAGGCAACUCCAAUUUAUAAGCUACCUCGCCAAUCCUUUCCAAGAUGGGAUAUGGUCCAAUAUACCUCGGACUCAAUU